AUGUCGAGAAUUUGGUCGAAGUUAACAGCCAUGGUCAGAAAUCGGACGUUUAUAGGAGCCGAUAAAGCCGGAAAUCAAUACUAUGUUCGUACUGAACAGAUAGACGGUAUCAUGAAGGAGAAACGAUGGGUAGAAUUCAAAGCCAAAGGGGAUGAUGAUCCGACUUCAAUUCCAGUUGAAUGGAUAUGUUGGCUGAAUGGGCAACGAAAGAUAGCUCCAACUCCAGAGGAGAUGGCUAUGCUGGAGGCAAGGCGCCAACGUGUUAAAGAAAAUGUUGCAUUGCUGAAGAAGGAAGAGGAAGAAAGGAAAGCUAGGGAAGGCAGUGGUCGUAAAAUAACAAGCAUGGGUAAAGGUGAUGGCCCAGACCUCAAAAGUUUCAUUCAGCAGUUGCCAGUUGACUCACAAGAUGAUAAAUCUUCCACACAAACGAGUACCAAGAAACAAAAGAAGGAAAUCCAUGAUCAAGCAAAACAAGAACGAGAGUCAGCGGAGCCAACAGGGUCAGGUGCGUCUUUUAGACCAGGCACGUGGCAACCUCCUACAUGAUUAUGGUUACUUGUUUCAAAAUUGGGACAUUUUAUGAGUUAUGAUGAGAUUGAUGUGCUAGUCAACUCUUGGAUCGUGAUCAUGUUUUGUAGACAUGUAAAUUUUGAUUUACCAUUAUGACCCAUGAGUAGUGUGGGGUAGGUCACGUUUCCCAAUAACUUGCUAAUGGAAUAUGUAUUAUGAGGUAUAUGAUUUAUUAUUUUAUGAAUAUUUGGGUGUUAUUUGCUUUUAACACGUUUAAAUGGCACCAAGAUGGUG